AUUCCCCCCAGGCCCCUACCCCAGUUUUUGUAUAUAUAAAUUAACAAUAUAAUGUGUGAUCAGAAACCAACACAACCACAUAUUGAAACGGCCAUCUCUAGUCGGAGUAAACCAACAUUCAACAGUUGAAAACAUACCUCCACGAUAUAAAUAAACCAUUUGCUAUUCAUAUUCCCUUGAGAAAAAAAAAUGUAUUUCCUUGUUUACUAUCUCGUGAUCCACCUUUGUGUUUCCAUGCAUGCAUGCGAUUCUCGCCAUCUUGGAGUCUUCCACAAGGAACCCGGGAAAGAACUUCAUCUGAUUACUAGCAAGGCACCAGAAAUAAGGGCUGGAAACGAAGGAAGAAACUGUAAUGAAACUAAUAUGGAAGAUAAGGAGUCCAAGCUUGAGUUUCCUUCAGAAGAACUGAAGAUGCAUAAAGGAAAUGAUAUCGAGUUAAAACUUUUUCAAGAUGGAACCAAACCACAGGGAUGGAAGAAUCAUGCUCGUUUGACAAUGGAGUCUAAGCAAAAGGAUUCGAAAGAAAAAAUAAAUAAUUCCAAGGAUAGCAGUGUUACUGAAGAUGUCGGAGUCAUGGACUAUGCACAGCCCCAUCGCAAACCACCAAUCCACAAUUUACAGCCCUAAAAGGCUAGAACUACUCUUGUCAAUUCUUCCUUAAAUAUCUAAUGUGGGUAUUCAAGUAAGAGAAUCCAAGGGGGAUUGAUGAUAUACACAAGUAAUUUAAAAUAGUUAGUCAACAUAUAUAUACACUCUCUUGUACUCUAAGACUAUGC